CUUUCUACAAAAGCGGAAUCAUUUUGAAAAAAAAUACACCCUCAAAAAUCAUAAAUUAUACAAGUAACACUUUUCAAAUACAAUCUUUUAUUUUUUUUUAUACAACUUUAAAAUAGUUAUACAAUUUCCUAAUUUCCCCACCUCUUUCCCAAAAAGAAAAAAAGGGACAAUGAAUUAAAAGCCCGUCAAAGAAGACAAAAAACACCUUCUCUCAAAUAUAAUGUCACAUUCACAUUUUUCUUCAGCCCAAAAUACACACUAACUCAAACAAACUCAUCCCUCACUUUUCUCUUCACUUCUCUUCUUCUUCUUCCUCUACUUUGUAUUAUCUCUCUCUUCAAAAAAUCAUGGAAUUUGAAGAAGCAGAAACAAACACAACAAUUCCAAAACUACCCUUAUACUCACUAAAAAACCAACAACAACGUUAUUCAGGAAAUCUGACAUCACCCUUACAUACAUCAGCUUCAGUACCCUUCAAAUGGGAGGAACAUCCUGGAAAGCCCUUACCUUGUCUUACACUCGCUCUUCCGUCAACCGUGACUAACACCGUUAAGUCCUUAGAAUUACCUCCUAGGUUACUCAAUGAAUCCAAAUUUACCAAAACACCCUCCCCUACUACUGUCCUUGAAGGUCCUUAUAGUAAUUUCACUUCUGCUGUCGGAAAAUCUUCAUCUUUUAGGUUUCUUAGGAAAAGACAAGGCUCUUUUGAUGGUACCUUUAGUUUGUGGGGUAGUCGAGGAAGUAGCCCUGAAAGAGGGUUACUUGGGACUAUUGUUCUUAGUCGAAGUGGGAGUAGUAGGAGAGAGAAUAAGGGAUUGUUUGGUUCUUGGAAAAAAAAGGAUUUCAAGAGUAGUAAUAAUAAUAGUAAAACUAGUGAAGUUGUUGAUGAGGGUAAUUUCGUCUUUCCAACGUUGGUUUCUGUUGAUGAUGGUGCUACUAGUACUUGUACUGGCUGUGACGGUAACGGUAACGGUGAAGGUGGUGGAACAUUUGUUAAGGUUUCAAAGAUGAAUAGUAAGAAGACCAAUUUCUUGGGUUUAUCACAAAAUAAGUCUCAUUUUUGGGCUGCUAUAUAUGGGGCUUUCAAGCAAGUAAUACCGAGCCCCAGGAGGAGUACGAAGUGGAAGAAAGAUGCCUGGUAAAACCAACACAUCUCCAUCUUUUGGCAGUAACAAGUCUCUAUCGGUUUGCCACCAACCCAAAUGCCUGUGACAAAACCAUCUGCUCCAUACCCCUCUUCUUAUUAAAGCUCUCUCGCGAUCUCUCUUUUUCGCUCCCUUUGAUGAAAACGACUCGAAUUGUCGAAUAUUCAAGGCUGUAAACACCAAAAUUUUAUCAUUUUCUGCAGUGUUUGUGAUAGUAUUGGAGAACAUACAGUUAGAACUCUUAGAAGCUACUGAGUACGGAGUAUGUUAUUACAUGUUAUGCUUGAUUUGCGUUUCAACUUGUAUAAAAUUUUACUGGUACUUGUAAAUUAGUACUGUAUAAGAAGUUUAGUAGUCUGAAAUUUGAACAUCCUGUUCUGGUUACCUCAAUAAGGAGAUAUCACGAAGUUGAAAUUUUAGCUAAA